AUGAAGGUCACCAGAGUUCUCUCUUCCCUCUUGGGAGUUGGCCUCCUUUCGGCCGACGUCGUCCUGGCCAAGGAUAGACACCGUGUCGGUGUUGAGAUUAAGAGCCCUCUCAAGGGUGUCAACUUCCAGCGCAUCAAAGCCUUCCGCGAGGCUGCCCCUGACGAGGUCUCCGACCGCGUCCAGUUACUGAAGCCCUUCCGUGGCAGAAUGACCGGCCACAACGCCGCCACUGCCUUGGGCGCGGCCCAGCCUCGUGAUCUCUCGUCCAACUACCAGAACAUCACGGCCUUGUCUCCUUGGGGUACUCAGUAUGCCGUCGAAGUCACCUGGGAUGGCAAGCUCAUCAAUAUGAUCUUCGACACUGGCAGCAGCGACACCUGGGCCACCAGUUCCAACUUGACCUGUACCAACCUAUCCGGCACUGCUGUCUACUCCCCAGAAGCUUGCGGCUUUGGACCAGACAAGAUUGACGACUUCAAGUACGGUACUGUCGAGGACGUCCACUUCUCCUUGAGCUACGGCUCAGGCGAGCGAGUAUCUGGUCCGAUGGGUUACAGUGACAUCGAAGUGGCUGGCAUCACCGUCAAACAACAGCAGGUCGGUCUAGCCAAUAAGACAUACUGGCUCGGCAACAACUACACCAACGGCGUUCUUGGUCUUGCCUAUCCCUCCAUCACAAGUGCUUUCACCGGCGAUAUGGAUGAGGAUCGCCCUGCCUUCCAGGUCCCAUACUCGCCCUUCUUCACUAGCAUGGUUCAGCAAGGACUCUCCUCGGACUCUUUCAGCGUUUCUCUUGUCCGUAAUUCGUCUGGCGUAAUUGCCUGGGGCGGUCGAACUGGUCUGCCAAUCGACGGUCCUACGGCUUACACCGACCUCAUCAUCACCAGCAUCAACUCACAGAGACCCGAUGGCGGCUGGCAAUACUCGUACUACACAAUCAUCGUCGAUGGCUUGCGCUGGGGAUCAACCACUGACAAGAAGAAGUACCCGUACAUUGUCGAUACCGGCACGACGCUUAUGUACGUGCCUCCGCCCAUUGCCGAGGCUAUUGCCAGAUCUUUCUCCCCCAGCGCCAUUUACUUGUUCCAAUACGGCGGAUACUUUGCUCCCUGCGAUGCCAUCGCUCCCAAGGUAGCCGUCAUUGUCGAGGGCGCGAGCUUCUUCGUCAACCCAGUGGACCUAAUUUACCGCGGACUCGUAGACCCUCUUACGGGAUACUGCCAGGUCGGAAUCACCACUGGUGGCACGGGACCUUACAUCCUAGGCUCUGUCUUUCUUCACAAUGUCGAGGCCUACUUCGACGUUGGCGCAGGCCAGGUCCGCUUCUACGGCCGCGAAACCUACGGCCCCACUCCCCAGCUGCCUGGGAAGUUGACUGGCAACCGGCUGUCGAUUUAA